GUACAGUUAAUUCCAGAAGCUAGGUGAUGUAAAUCUCCAACAUAAGCCAAAGCAACAGGAGGGACUGUGACAGAUACCAGGCCCAGUACCUAGGUGAUGUGGUUUUCUUGCCUGAGACCUGCGGAACAGUGGAUUGUAAUAUACUAGGUCCCAAACCUAGGUGAUGUGACUCUUCUGCUGGGCCUCAACCAUAGGAGACAUUGUGACAUACACAUGGGCCAGCCUUCAGGUGAUGUAGCUCUUCUGCCUGAGCCAAGACUACAGAAAAAAUUAUCAGAUUUAAAUGAACCCAGCGCACAGGCACAGUGAUGACUCUCAUACCCAAUCUCAGUGAACAGGAGACAUUCUGACUCUCACAGCUAGCCUUAAGGAAGUAGAGGCCCAGCCUUGGCGGCCUGUGACCUGCAGGUAUUCGGAGAUCCACAGCGAAGACGCCGGGACCCCCUGCAAGCCUAGAAAUGGGACCACUAACAUUCAGUGACGUGGCCAUAGAAUUCUCCCUGGAGGAGUGGCAGUGCCUGGAUGCUGCCCAGCAGAAUUUAUAUAGAAACGUGAUGUUAGAGAACUACAGAAACCUGGUCUUCCUGGGUAUUGCAGUCUGUAAGCCAGACCUGAUCAUUUCUUUGGAGCAAGAAAAAGAAGUCUGGAGUAGGAAGAGACAGGAGAUCAUGGUGGCCAAGCCCCCAGUUAUGCAUUCUCAUUUUGCCCAAGACCUUUGGCCAGGGAAGAAUAUAAAAGCUUCUUUCCAAAAAGUGACACUGGAAAGAUAUGGAAAAUGUAGACAUGAGAAUUUACCAUUAACAAAAGGCUGUAGAAGUGUGUGUGAGUGUAAGGUGCACAAAGGAGGUUAUAAUGGACUCAACCAAUGUUUGAGAACUACCCAGAGCAAAGUGUUUCAAUGUGAUAAAUAUGUGAAAGUCUUUCAUAAGUUUUCAAAUUCAAACAGACGUAAGAGAAGACAUACUAAAAAGAAACCUUUCAAAUGUAAAGAAUGCAGCAAAUCAUUUUGCAUGAUUUCAGACCUAACUCGACAUAGCAGAAUUCAUACUAGAGUAAAUUUCUACAAAUGUGAAGAAUGUGGAAAAGCCUUUAACAGGCAUUCAAUUCUUACUUACCAUAAGAGAAUUCAUACGGGAGAAAAACCCUAUGAAUGUGAAGAAUGUGGCAAAGGUUUUAAAUGGUCUUCCAACCUUUCUAAACAUAAGAAAAUUCAUACUGAAGAGAAAUUUUACAAAUGUGAAGAAUGUGGCAAAGGUUUUAAAUGGUCCUCCAACCUUAAUACCCAUAAGAAAAUUCAUACUGGAGAGAAACCCUAUGAAUGUGAAGAAUGUGGCAAAGCUUUUAUCCAUUCCAUAAACCUUAGUAAUCAUAAGAAAAUUCAUACUGGAGAGAAACCUUACAAAUGUGAAGAUUGUGGCAAAGCCUUUAAGCAGUCCUCACACCUUAUUAAACAUAAGAAAAUUCAUACUCAAGAGAAAGCCCACAAAUGUAAAGAAUGUGGCAAAUGUUUUAAAUGGUCCUCCAGCCUUAAUUCCCAUAAGAAAAUUCAUACUGGAGAGAAGCCCUACAAAUGUGAAGAAUGUGGCAAAGGUUUUAAAUGGUCCUCCAACUUUAUUACUCAUAAGAAAAUUCAUACUGGAGAGAAACCCUACGAAUGUGAGGAAUGUGGCAAAGCCUUUAUCCGAUCCUCAAAACUUACUGAACAUAAGGAAAUUCACACUGAAGGGAAAUUUUACAAAUGUGAAGAAUGUGGCAAAGCCUUUACCCGGUCCUCAACACUUACUACUCAUAAGAAAAUUCAUACUGGAGAGAAAGCUUACACAUGUGAAGAAUGUGGCAAAGCCUUUAACCAGUCCACACACCUUACUACUCAUAAAAAAAUUCAUACUGGAUUGAAAGCCUACAAAUGUGAAGAAUGUGGCAAAGCCUUUAAUCAAUCCUCAACACUUGCUACUCAUAAGAAAAUACAUACCGGAAAGAAAGCCUACAAAUGUGCAGAAUGUGGCAAAGCCUUUACCCAGUCCUCAACACUUAGUACUCAUAAGAAAAUACAUACUGCAGAGAAACCUUAUAAAUGUGAAGAAUGUGGCACAGCCUAUAAGCACUCCUCAACCCUUGCUACUCAUAAGAAAAUUCAUAUUGGAGAGAAAGCUUACAAAUGUGAAGAAUGUGGGAAAGCCUUUAACCUGUACGCAGGCCUUGCUUGUCAUAAGAAAAUUCACACUGGUGAGAAACCUUACAAAUGUGAAGAAUGUGGCAAGGCCUUUAACCGGUCCUCAACUCUUACUACUCAUAAGAAAAUUCAUACUGGAGAGAGACCUUACAAAUGUGAAGAAUGUGGCAAAAGUUUUAAAUGGUCCUCCAACCUUACUGCCCAUAAGAAAAUUCAUACUGAAGAGAAACCUAACAAAUAAGAACCAGUCUUCAAACCUUAUUAAACAUAAAAAAGUUCAUAAAGGGGAGAAACCCUACGAACAUGAGGAAUGUGGCAAAAUUUUGAACUGAUCUUCAAUGCUUACUAGCCAUAAGAUAAUUCAUACUUGAGAGAAACCCUACAAAUGUAAAGAAUGUGGCAAAGCUUUUAACCAAUUCUCAAGUGUUACUGAACAUAAGAAAUUUCAUACUGGAGAAAAAACUAUGAAUGUGACAAAGCGUUUACCAUUUGUCAAAUCUUUCUAGACAUAAGAAAAGUCAUACUGAAGAGUAACCUUACAAAUGUGAAGAAUGUGGCAAAGCCUUUAACCAAUUCGAAGAUGUUACUAAAUAUAAGAAUAUUUAGGCCAGACGAGGUGGCUCACGCCUAUAAUCCCAGCACUUUGGGAGGCCGAGGAGGGUGGAUCAUGAGGUCAAGAGAUCAAGACCAUCCUGGUCAACAUGGUGAAACCCCAUCUCUACUAAAAAUAGAAAAACAUUAGCUGGACAUGGGGGUGUGCGCCUGUAAUCCCAGCUACUCAGGAGGCUGAGGCAGGAGAAUUGCUUGAACCCAGGAGGUCUAGGUGGUGGUGAGCAGAGGUCGCACCAUUGCACUCCAGCCUGGGUAACGAGCGAAACUCCGUCUCAAAAAAAAAAGAAAAGAAAAUUUAUACUGGAGAGCAACUAAUAACCUGAAAGCUGUGGCAAUAAUUUUGACAACACCUCACACUUAUAAGCAUAAAAGUCAUCAUAUUGGUGAGAAAUUCUGGAAAUGUGAAGAACGUGACCAAGUCUUUAAAUAGCUGUCACACUUGACUAUAGAUAAUUCAUACUGGAACGAACUACAGGUAUGAACAAUGUGGCCAAACUUAAUUUAUGCUCAUAUCUCACUGCACAGAAAACCAUGUAUACUAAAGAAAUACAAAUAUAAAGAAUGUGGAAAAGCCAUUAGUAUCUGCUCACAUCUUACUCAGCAUUAGAAAGGUAGUACUUAAGAAAAGCAUGAUAAAUGCAAUUAUUAUCAAAAGAGCAUUCAGAAAAAAUAAGCCUUUAAUCUGAAAAAGUAAUCAUUUUGAAGAAAAAUAUUACAAAUGUAACAAGGUGCCGGGCGCGGUGGCUCACGCCCGUAAUCCCAGCACUUUGGGAGGCCCAGGCGGGUGGAUCAUGAGGUCAAGAGAUCAAGACCAUCCUGGUCAACGAGGUGAAACCCCGUGUCUACUAAAAAUACAAAAAUUAGCUGGGCAUGGUGGUGUGUGACUGUAGUCCCAGCUACUCGGGAGACUGAGGCAGGAGAAUUGCUUGAACCCAGGAGGCAGAGGUUGCGGUGAGCCGAGAUCGUGCCAUUGCACUCCAGUCUGGGUAACAAGAGUGAAACCCCGUCUCAGAAUAAAUAAAUAAAUAAAAUUUUAAAAAGCACACUAUUUCUGUGUACCCUCCUGCCUGGGCAAAAGGGCUAGAUUCCAUCUCAAUAGAAAAAAAGAAAUAGAAAAAGACUAAGAACAUUAAAAUGGGCCAGGCGCGGUGGCUCACGCCUAUAAUCCCAGAACUUUGGGAGGCCAUGGCAGGUGGAUCACGAGGUCAAGAGAUCGAGACUAUCCUGGUCAACAUGAUGAAACCCCGUCUCUACUAAAAAUACAAAAAAAAAAAAUUAGUUGGGGCUGGUGGCCCGUACCUGUAAUCCCAGCUACUCAGGAGGCUGAGGAAGGAGAAUUCCCUGAACCCAGGAGGCGGAGGUUGCGGUGAGCCAAGAUCGCGCCAUUGCACUCCAGCCUGGGUAACGAGCUUAACUCCAUCUCAAGAAACAAACAAAAAACAUUAAAAUGUGAGCUGUAUGAUGAAAAUAGAAGUGGUGAGUCUCUUUGUGGUUAACAUAGAAUAUUGGGUGAUGUAUCAGUUG